AUGGAGACUCUACCCUUUAAGUACUUGGGGGUACCACUGUCUUCCAGGAAGCUGUCAAUACAUCAGUGUUUACCUCUGGUGGAAAGGAUCACAAAUAGAAUAAAGUGCUGGACUUCGAAGUUGCUGUCAUACAGUGGUCGAUUGCAGCUGAUAAAAAGUAUACUAUUUGAAAUGCAAACAUACUGGGGACAUGUAUUCAUUAUUCCAAAGAAGAUUAUACAGUUAGUAAAUGCUGUAUGUCGAAUCUUUCUAUGGACAGGCAAUUACAACCCCUCAAAAAGAGCUCUAAUUGCAUGGGAGAGAAUAUGUAUGCCUACUUCUGCAAGGGGAUUAAAUGUGAUUAGCUUUGAAUGGUGGAACAAGGCUGCUAUAUGUAAAAUGAUGUGGGCAAUACACAUGAAAAAGGAUGCAUUAUGGAUCAAAUGGAUACAUGCUAUGUACAUAAAGAAGGAAGACUUUACUGUGAUGCAGACACCAAGGCAAGCUAGUUGGUUAGUCAAGAAGAUCUUUGAUAUUAGGGAUUGGUAUAAGAAGAUAGAAACAGUUGCAAACAUGGAUAAAUUUUGUGUGAUCCACAAAAUGUAUACUCUAUCAAGACCUCAAUACCUUAAAGUUGAAUGGAAAGCAUUGACGCUGGGAAAUGGUAUUCCUAGGCACAACUUUGUCUUGUGGUUAGCCUUAAAUCACAGACUGACUACUGUGAAUCGCCUUGCAAAAUGGGGAAUUCAAGUAGACCAAGACUGUAUAGGCACAUGGCUUGAAGAGGUUGCCUGGAUGAGUAAACGAGCAAGAAGUGGUCGAGCCCAAAACAACAUUCUGGUCUUCUUGUUUGCUGCAGUAACGUAUCAAGUAUGGACAGAAAGGAAUAUGAGAAGAUUUCAAGGGAAGGAGAAGGAAGCAGAGAGAAAGAUUAGAGACAUUGUCCUUCAAAUCCAAAUUAAAGGACAGCAAAAUGCGAAAUGGAAGAAGAGACUUGAGCAGCUGAAUAGUUUUCCAUAG